CGCGCCUGGCCAGCAGCUGGCGAAGCGGGGAAAAAUACAGAAGUGUAUUCCAGAGUGGACUGUUCAUGGCACAUGCGGUUAGAGCAUGCUCACUGGCUCUUGUUUUUGUAAUCCUGUUGCUGUUCGUUAAAGCAAAAAUAGAUGAGUGCCAGAGAGGAAACGUGACUGUGAAGCCUUCCCGUUUAAUUUCCCUUGGAUCAUCAGUCAAUAUUUCGUGCUCUUUGAAGCCCAAGCAGGGCUGUUCCCCAUAUUCUAGUUUCAACCAGUUGAUCCUCUAUCAGUUCAAGAAUAGAAUCCAUAUUCAGCAUGGUGACUCCCUCAGUUCUCAGGUCACAGGCCUUUCUCUGGGUACAACCGUCUUUGUCUGCAAACUGGCCUGUAGCAAAAGUACUGAGAUUAGAAUAUGUGGGGCAGAUGUCUUGGUUGGUGUUGUUCCUGAACAACCUCAGAACUUGUCUUGUAUACAGAAUGGAGAACAUGGGACAGUGACCUGCACCUGGGAAAGAGGACGCAACACACAUCUGUUUACUACGUAUACUUUACAGUUAAAUGGACCAAAAAAUCUCACUUGGCAAAAGCAAUGUAAUGGUAAUUAUUGUGACCGUUUGAACCUUGGAAUCAACCUAAUCCCUGAAUCAUCUGAAUCCAAUUAUACAGCCAAAGUUAUGGCUGUCAAUAAACUUGGAAGUGCAUCUUCAUUUCCAUCUGUGUUCACCUUCUUAGACAUAGUGAGGCCUCUUCCUCCGUGGGACAUCAGAAUCAGAUUUGUAAAUGAUUCUGUGAGAAGAUGCAUCCUUCAAUGGAAAGAUGAAGAACUGGUGCAAUUUAAUCGACUCAGAUAUCGGCCCGUUAACAGCACAUUCUGGAAUAUGGUUAAUGCUACAAAUGUCAAAGGAAGACAUGACUUGCUGGACCUGAUGCCAUUUGCAAUGUAUGAAUUUCAGAUUUCCUCUAAAAUACAUCUUUACAAAGGUAGUUGGAGUAACUGGAGUGAAUCCUUGAGAACACAAACACCAGAAGAAGAGCCUACUGGCAUGUUGGAUGUCUGGUACAUGAAACAACACAUUGACUACAACACACAACAGAUAUCUCUUUUCUGGAAGAAUCUGAAUGUAUCAGAGGCAAGAGGAAAAAUCCACUACUGGGUGAGCUUGCAUGAAGUGACAGGAGGGAAAACCACACUACAGAACAUCACAGAAAAUACCUCCUGGACCUGGAUUAUUCCCAGAACUGGGAACUGGACUGUGACUGUAUCUGCAGCUAACUCAAAAGGCAGUUCCCUGCCUACUCGUAUUAACAUAACGGACCUGUGUGGGGCAGAGUUGCUGGCACCUCACCAGGUCUCUGCAAGCCCAGAGGGCCUGGACAACAUCAUGGUGAGCUGGGAGCCUCCUGCCAAAACUGCCCCUGCUGUCCAGGAGUACGUGGUGGAAUGGAGGGAGCUUCAUCCCGGAGGGAGCACAGAAUCCCCUCUAAACUGGCUGCGGAGUCCCCCCUAUAACAUGUCAACUCUCAUUUCAGAAAACAUAAAGCCCUACAUCUGUUAUGAAUUCCAUGUGUACGCGCUGUCGGGGGACCAGGGAGGAUGCAGCUCCAUUAGGGGUGAUGCUAAGCACAAAGCACCACUGAAUGGCCCUCACAUUAAUGCCAUCACAGCGGAAAAGGGAGGCGUUUUGAUUUCAUGGCAUGGAAUUCCUGCUCAGGAGCAAAUGGGCUGCAUCCUUCGUUACAGGAUAUACUGGAGGGAACAGAACUCUGAUUCCCAGACUCACCUCUGUGAAAUUCCCUACAGGGCAUCCCCAAAUUCACAUCACAUAACUAGCCUGCAACCCAGAGUGACAUACAUCCUGUGGAUGACAGCUCUGACAGCUGCUGGUGAAAGCCCCCAAGGAAAUGAAAGGGAAUUUUGUCUGCAAGGUAAAGCUGACUGGAUCGCAUAUUUGGCACCAAGCAUUUGCAUUGCUGUCAUCACAGUGGGCAUUUUCUCAACACGUUUCUUCCGGCAAAAGGCAGCUGCUCUCCUUUCAGCCCUCAGUCCUCAGUGCUGUAGCAGAGAAAUUCCAGACCCAGCAAACAGCAUGUGGGUCAAAAAGUGUCCCAUUGCAGAGGAGAAGAUGGUCCAUUUAGACAGGCUCCUGACAGCCUGGUCCACCUCUGAAGAACCUGAGCCCCUUGUCAUCAAUGAAGUCCUCAAUAAAGGAAUCCCAGUCAUCAGACCUACUCAUCGCUCCAACUGGUCAGAAGGACAAGAAGUCCAAGGUCACUGUACCUCUGAGGAAGACACAGGGUACUGUGCCUCCAGUCCACCACAUCCAAGAGCUCUCACAACAGAGACUCAGCAACAAGUGGACCUAUACAAGGUACUGGGCUGCAGGGGCCCUGACUCAAAGCUGGGAAAUGUCCCCUUGAAGGCUCUCCCUGUAGACUACCUUCCCACACAGGAGGGCUACUUACCCUGCAACACAGAUCCUCUCCCUUCACAAGAGGAACCCAUAAUAGACCCUUUGGAAGAACUACAGCCUCAGCACAUCUCUCUCUCCAUUUUCCCCUCAAGUUCCCUUCACCCACUCAACUACUCCUUUGGUAAGAAGUUGACUCUGGACCAGUUAAAGAUGGGUUGCGACUCCUUUAUGCUAUGAGAGGCAAAGCUUGAGCAUGGAAUGUCGGUGUGCCCACAACCAGCAUGGCAGGCUCCAUCUACCCAACCCUGUGCCCAGUGGUCACUGCCUCUGGAUAUAGCUAAGGAUAAACAAGCCAGCCGGGUGAAUAUCUGGAGCUGAGAAUGACUGUCACCAGAACCUUAUUUUGUCUUGUCCGGAGCCUUAAGAUUACAUCCACUGCCAAUCUAGAGACUCCAACUUUCUUAGCUAUGCUGGCGAGAAAGGGAAAGUGGAAACCAACUCUUAUUAGCACCGACAACCAGUCCAAAAGACCAUUCAUGCAACAACUAUUUAUAGAACCCCUACUACACACCAGGUACUAUUAUGUCUAGAUCAGUACAGUCCAGAACUUUCUGCAAUAAAGAAAUGUUUAUACACGUGCACUCUCUACAUAUAUCUGCUACAAUACAGUGGUCACUGAACACAUGGUCUAUUGACUACUUUGCAGUGUCCAAUAUGACUGACAAAGUGAAUUUUGAUUGUAAUUCUUCGCAUGGCUAAUGGCUACUGUAUUAGAGAACACAGCUCUAGCCUAAAACACUAGAGAGAAUUACAAGGAAGUUUCAUACAUCAACCUAGUUUUACUGAUGAGGACAUGGAAGAACCUGGUGAACACCAAAUUGAGUGCCCCGAGAUAGUCAUGAUUGCCCUCAUUUGUGCAAGCCUAAAAUUGUAUUUUUCUCCCCUAAAAAGCAUUAUUUUGCCUUUACUCCCUCAGUGAAUCAAGAGCAGCUCAAUGAUUUCUUCUGUAUCUUCUAAGGGAGCUGGCCUAAGGUUCUGACCCCAUCUUUUUCCUACCGCGGCUGGCACUGCCUUCAACAGGGCUAUCUCAGAACUUAAAACAAGAGUGCACUCAGUCCCCUUUUCCUGGAGUCAUCCAGCAUUCCUUCCUUGUGGCUAGUCCUCAGACAUUCAAGUUGCGCCUGAAGAUACCUCUUUCCCAAGGCUGAAACUUCAAAUAGGAUUCACGUUUCACUCCCUGCAAACCGAGGCCUUUGGCUUGUCAAUCUUCUCUUGCCCAUCGCCGUCUCUGCCUCUUCACUAUAGGCACUUCUAAGCUGGUGGAUGUCUUGGUUUAAAUGCUAGCAGUACCCUUCCCCAAAACAGGAAGAA